AUGCGGUUCUCCGUCAAGCAGUUAGCCGUAAAAUGGGAUGUGUUUUCUUCUGUUGUAUUAACUCGUUAUCCAGUCAUUGCUCCUCCAAUGACGCCGAUUGAACAUAGAUACCUCACUUCUCAGUUAGAUAUAGAAAGAGAACGAAGUUUACUGAGCGAUUUUGAGUUGAAAACAAAGAAAGACGAAGCGCUUCUGGAACAAAGAGCAGCUUUAGAGAGAGAAGGAAAAGAGCUUUCAGAGCUUGAUGGAGAAAUCGGAAUAACAAAUUCAAUGAAAAUUGACGAUUGGAAUAAGAAAUCCAGCGCAUUUGAAAAACAAUUUCAUUUGCAUAAUCCCAAGCAUUAUGAAGUGAAUGAUGAAAAAAGCCUUCGGCGAUGUCUGGAUGAGAAGCUGGUGCUUAUAGUCAAACAGAAAUUUGGAGAUUCCUCAUACGCUAGUCCAUGGGUCCUUCCCCAAACGAAACAUAGAGAAGGAGAAAGUCUUCGUCAGACUGCAGAAAGGUGCCUUGGGGAUAUUUCCAACGGGAACUUUCAGGCUUCUAUUGAGAGCAAUGCUCCCUUCUCCGUUCACAGCUACAAGUAUCCCAAGCCUUUGGCUAAAAAGCUUAAUGCUGAUGGCGCCAAGUUGUUCUUCUAUGCAGCCGCCUUACAUCCUAAGAGCCCUUUCGACAUAAAUAAAAACGAAGUUUCCGAUCUCAAAUGGGCUAACGCUGAUGAAUUCUGGUCGAUCGUUCCCGGCAGGAAAUACAAAGAAGCAGUGCAAACUGCCUUCCUUAAGUGA